CCCGUGCUGCAAGGCAGGCAGGAAGGCAGCGCUGGGAGCGUGCCGCCGGAACCGCUGGCAUGUUGGUCGUGCUGCUCGUCCGGGCUGCCUGUGUGUCCCUGCUCCUCCCGGGCGGGCAGGGCAGGGUGUACUCCGAGAGGAAGAAGCCGGCCAGCUUUGCCGUGGAGAGGCGCCACGUGGGGCCCCACAUCUGCUUCUCGGCUUUCGGCAGCGGAUGUUGCCCCGGCUGGAUGCUGGCUCCGGGCAGCGGGCAGUGCAUCCUCCCGCUCUGCUCCUUUGGCUGCGGCAGCGGCUUCUGCAUUGCGCCCAACCUCUGCUCGUGCCCCGAUGGAGAGCGGGGCGUCACCUGCCCAGAGCCGCUGGGGAGCUGCGGGGAGUACGGCUGCGACCUCUCCUGUAACCACGGUGGGUGCCAGGAGGUGGCCCGCGUCUGUCCCCUCGGCUUCUCCAUGGUGGAGACGGACGCCGGCGUCCGCUGCAACGACAUCAACGAGUGCCUGAGCGCUGCCUGCGAGGGGCUGUGUGUCAACACCGAGGGCGGCUUCGUCUGCGAGUGUGGCCCCGGCAUGCAGCUCGCUGCCAACCGCCACAGCUGCCAGGAUACUGACGAGUGCCUGGCCACGCCGUGCCAGCACCGCUGCAAGAACAGCAUGGGCAGCUACCGCUGCUCCUGCCGUCCCGGCUACCACCUCCAUGGGAACCAGCACACCUGCGUGGAUGUCAACGAGUGCCGGCAGCCAGGUGAGCGCCGUGCCUGCCAGCAUGCCUGCCACAACACACUGGGCAGCUUCCUCUGCUCCUGCCGGCCUGGCUACCGGCUCAGCAGGGACAGGGUGUCCUGUGAAGGCUUCCCCAAGGCCAUCCUGGCACCCUCGCCCAUCCUGCAGUCUCUGCAGCACCCCCCCACGCACAUCCUGCUCCCUCCUGGAGCUGGGGGACCCCUCCUGCUCCCCUCUCCUCACCUCCCUGCCGCGGCACCAGGCACAUCCAUUCCUCCCUCCCCUCACGAUGCCAUCAAGCCACCUCCUGGGACUCCCACAUCAGCUCCUCUCUGCUGGCAUCGUGGGGCUCCCCAGGAGCCGGGCACUCGCUGGAACGAGCCAGGGUGCCAGAGCUGCAGCUGCCACGUGAGCACUCCUCGUACCUGCAUCCACACAUCCCCAUAUCCCCACAUCCCCAUGCUGUGCCUGAGCUGUGCCCACCCCAACAGGGAGGCCAAGUGCUGUGCGAGGCCAUCACCUGCCUCAUACCGUGCUCCCACCCUCUGCCUGCCCCAGCUGGGGGCUGCUGUCCCAGCUGCACAGGUGAGCCCUGGCCCCCCAUUCCCAUGCCCCCCUACGGCCUGCUCUGACUCCUGGCUCGCAGGCUGCCUGAACAAUGGGGUGGCCCACACUGAGGGAGAAGUCUUCACUCCAUCAGAUGGAAACUGCACCAUCUGCAUGUGCCUGGCUGGCAAUAUCUCCUGCAUCUCCCCUGAGUGCCCCCCAGGCUCCUGUCCCAGCGCCUCACCCCCCAACUGCUGCUCCUGCCAGCCAGCAAAAUGUAGCUUCCGUGGCCAGACCUACGCGCACGGAGCCCGCUUCAGCUUGGAUGGGGACGAGUGCACUACCUGUGUCUGCCGGAACGGAGAGGUGGAGUGCUCUUUUGCCCCAUGCCCGGUGCUGGACUGUCCCCAGCACCAGCAGCAGCUGCAUCCCGGGCAGUGCUGCUUCAGCUGCAAGGACCCCCCGCGCCCCUCGGGCUGCUUCGUGGAUGACAAUGGGGUAGAGUUUCCCAUUGGACAGAUUUGGUCUCCAGGUGAUCCCUGUGAGUUAUGCAUCUGCCAGGCUGAUGGCUCGGUGAGCUGCAAGCGGACAGACUGCGUAGAGACAUGCCCUUACCCCAUCCACAUCCCGGGGCAGUGCUGCCCCGACUGCUCAGCAGGAUGCACCUACAUGGGGCGGAUCUUCUACAACAAUGAGACCUUCCCGUCGCUCCUGGACCCCUGCCUCAGCUGCAUCUGCCUGCUGGGCUCAGUGGCCUGCUCACCCGUGGACUGCGCCAUCUUCUGUACCUAUCCCUUCCACCCCGAGGGCGAGUGCUGCCCUGUCUGUAAAGACUGCAACUAUGAGGGCAGGAAAGUGGUGAAUGGGCAAAGCUUCAGUCCUGAGGGCCGGCCCUGCAUCCGCUGUACGUGCCAGCUUGGGGAGGUGAGCUGCGAGGAGAGGCCGUGUCCCCAGUCCUGCACUGAGCCCACUGCCUGCUGCCUCCGUUGCCAAGCUAACUCCCUCAAAGGAGGUAAUUAG